AUGGCGAGAACAGUUGACAGAAGCCGUAAACUAAUAACGAAUUUACCAAGAGAUCCUGAUAAUUAUGGACGGAGGAGAAAGCUGUGGACGACCGCAGUGUCCAACAACCCGGGACAAACGUGCCAUAAUACGUGCCAUAGCGUCAAAUUCAAGCUCGACUGCGAGACAAAUCGCAGAGAAAGCUGA